CCUUCCAUUCCCUGUGCCUCGUGUCAGUGCGGCUUUGCGCAGUUCACCUUGCUUGUACAAUCUAUUAUUUUUCUAUGGUAUAUAUUCAUUCAGCGAAUUUAGGGUUAGAGUUCAGAGUUUUUUUGAGAAUCGAUGAUGGCAGAAGAGGAGGCUAAGCUUAAGCCUCGACGACUCAGAGGUCACGAGGACAGCACUUCCUGCUGCAUUGCCUCACGUGACCGCCCUCACCUCAUCGUCACUUCCGGCGAUGAUGGUCGCGUUUGCUGGUUUGACUUGCGAUGCAAUGAUGUGCCGCGACUCAGGAUGGAUGUCAGCGUCGAACCCAUUCCCUCCUUGAGUUUCAAGUCAGGUCUGGAAGAUAAGAUUUAUGUCUCCUCAGGAAAGGAAAUCAAGUGUUUCGAUGUGCGCCUGGCCACCACCAAAUGGGAGCCAUUGGAGAAUUAUAAUUAUAACAAAGAGGAGAUAAACCAGGUUGCAUGCAACUCAAAGUCCUCAUUCCUUGCUGCUGCAGAUGAUAGUGGUGAGGUGAAGAUAAUUGACAUUCACCAGCAAUGCCUGUAUAAAACCCUACGAUCUGGUCAUACAAGUAUUUGUAGCACUGUGCAGUUCCUUCCUUGGAGAUCUUGGGAAGUAAUUAGUGGAGGUCUUGAUUCAACGCUUGUGUUGUGGGACUUCUCCAAAGGGCGCCCACACAAAUUAGCAGAUUUUGGUAUAUUUGAUAUGAGUAGUAACAUUGCUGGCCAGUGUCUCAAUCCUGCUUUUAUCCAUACAAUAGCUGUUCCAGAAGUUGACAUGCUAGAUAAAUUAGACAAGAUAUGUGCCGUUGCAAGGGGUGAUGGAGUAAUUAAUGUGAUUAAUAUUGAAUCAGAAAUUGCUGCUAUAAGGUCUAAAGGAUCUUCGAAUUCGCGAAAAGGAUCACAAUCAAGAUCAAAAGAUGGUAGUUCAACUAGCAAUGCGGAUGCAGAUCAAAAUGGAAAAAGGAGAUUGCAUUUGGAUUACACUUUGGGUGGCCAUACUUCAGCUGUUUCUGGCCUGGCAUUUUCAUUGUUUGGGGAAAGGGGUAAAUUCAUUAUAUCCGGAGGAAAUGAUAAGUCAGUGAAGCUGUGGAAUUGGUCCAGUUAUCCUGAUGCUGGAUUAAGUGACGCCAACAAUGAUAUCCUACAUUUGAACAUCAGUGUACCCCAAAAGGUCAAUUGGCUGUGUAGCACCCCAGCUGAUACAGACAACCUUGUUGUGUGUGACACAUCUAAUGUAGUAAAGGUCUAUUCUAUAACAUAGUUUAAAGCUGGAUGACUGAGGUUCUAGGAAUGAGUAUUCCUGGAAAGC